CAACCAUCUAUCCGGCUGGCUGGUCACAAUGACAUCACGAUUAUUGCCAUCCGGUGGCCGGACGUUCUUGCGCCACGGUCCCGUCCCGAACAACUUCCAACGCCGUGCCUUUGCCUCGACGCGCCUGUACUUCUCCGAUGUCUUCCACUCGCAGCUGGAUGAUCCGGCCUCCGCCGCCCUGUACUCGUCGUUGCAGACCUCUCGCGCCGUCCCGCAGACCCUGACCGAAAAGAUCGUCCAGCGGUACUCCGUGGGCCUGGCCCAGGACAAGUUUGUCCAGUCGGGCGACUAUGUCACCAUCUCGCCGCACCGGGUCAUGACACACGACAACUCGUGGCCCGUCGCGCUGAAGUUCAUGUCCAUCGGUGCCUCCAAGCUGCACAACCCCGACCAGAUCGUCAUGACGCUCGACCACGACGUCCAGAACAAGUCGGACAAGAACCUGCAGAAGUACCGUCAGAUCGAGGAGUUCGCCAAGCAGCACGGGGUGGAGUUCUACCCCGCGGGGCGCGGCAUCGGACAUCAGAUCAUGGUGGAGGAGGGAUUCGCCUGGCCGGGCACCCUGGUGGUCGCGUCGGACAGCCACAGCAACAUGUACGGCGGCGUCGGCUGCCUGGGCACCCCGAUCGUGCGGACUGACGGCGCCAGUAUCUGGGCCACGGGUAAGACGUGGUGGCAGAUCCCGCCGGUGGCCAAGGUCACCCUGACGGGCAUCUUGCCCCCGGGCGUCACGGGCAAGGACGUGAUCGUGGCGCUCUGCGGCCUGUUCGACAAGGACGACGUGCUGAACCACGCGAUCGAGUUCACCGGUUCGGAGGAGACCAUGGCCAGCCUGCCCGUCGACGACCGGCUGACGAUCGCCAACAUGACCACCGAGUGGGGUGCGCUGUCCGGCCUGUUCCCCAUCGACGGCAUCCUGCAGGGAUGGCUGAAGGGCAAGGCCACGACGGCCGCCAUGGGUCUGGCCGACGGGCCCUUCAAGACGCUGGCGGCGCAGCGGUUCACCCACCCGAUCCUCGACCAGCUGUUCAGCAACCCGCUGACGGCCGACAAGGGCGCCAAGUACGCCAAGGAGCUCUUCCUGGACCUCUCGACGCUGUCGCCGUACGUGUCGGGGCCUAACUCGGUGAAGGUGGCCACGCCGCUGAAGGAGCUGGAGGCCCAGAGCAUCAAGGUCAACAAGGCCUACCUGGUGUCGUGCACCAACUCGCGCGCGUCCGACAUCGCGGCCGCCGCGAAGGUGUUCAAGGAGGCCGCAGAGAAGAACGGCGGCACGGUCCCCAAGAUCGCGGACGGUGUGCAGUUCUACAUCGCGGCGGCCUCCAUCCCGGAGCAGCUGGCGGCCGAGGGCGCCGGCGACUGGCAGACCCUGCUUGAGGCGGGCGCCACUCCCCUUCCCGCGGGCUGCGGGCCCUGCAUCGGACUGGGCACGGGCCUGCUGGAGCCCGGCGAGGUCGGCAUCAGCGCGUCGAACCGCAACUUCAAGGGCCGCAUGGGCAGCACCGACGCCAAGGCCUACCUGGGUAGCCCCGAGGUGGUCGCCGCCAGCGCGCUGAGCGGCACGCUGAGCGGUCCGGGCUGGUACCAGACCCCCGAGGGGUGGACGGGUGUGGUCCGCGGCGAGGGUGACGGCAUCCGCGAGGAGGACCGCAUGCUCACGAUGGAAGAAGCCCUGGAGAAGGUCCUCGGCCAGAUGGACGACCUGGUCGCCGACGGGGAGAAGAAGUUCGCUCCUGCAGAGGAGGCCACGGAGGACGCCACCGCUGACAACGACGAGGGCCUAACCCAAGUGUACCCUGGAUUCCCCGAGUCCGUGUCGGGUGAGAUCGUCUUCUGCGACGCCGACAACAUCAACACCGACGGCAUCUACCCCGGCAAAUACACCUACCAGGACAACGUCCCCGAGGAGACCAUGGCCGAGGUAUGCAUGUCCAACUACGACGCGACAUUCUCCUCGAUCGCCAAGGAGGGCGACAUCCUAGUGACCGGCUUCAACUUCGGCUGCGGCAGCUCGCGCGAGCAGGCCGCGACGGCCAUCCUGGCGAAGCGCAUCCCGCUCGUCGUGGCCGGCAGCUUCGGCAACAUCUUCUCGCGCAACAGCAUCAACAACGCCCUGAUGGGUCUGGAAGUGCCGCGGCUGAUCAGCCGACUGCGCGAGAGCUUCGGCGCGGACCAGCAGGCUACGCGCCGCACGGGGUGGAUUCUCACCUGGGACGUGCGACGCAGCCGUAUCGAGAUCCAGGAGGGCCCGAACGGACCCAAGUGGUCGCAUAAGGUUGGCGAGCUGCCGCCUAAUGUGCAGGAGAUCAUUGCCAAGGGGGGGUUGGAGAAGUGGGUGAAGAAUGCGAUUGAUGCUUAGACUAUUAAAAAGCCCCUCGACACUUAGCCCAUUCGUGCUUCGCUCAUUGAUGCUUCGCCCAUAAAGGGCAAGCCGCACUUCGUUCCCCCGUCAUGUUGAAUAGUGCUGGGCUCCGCAAACCCGAUUAUACCCACGCCGUGCAGUCGUCUGCACUGUUCAUUUGUCAUUUCGAGCUGGGGUUGAUUGAUUGAUUGUUGACUGGACUGGGAUUCGGCUGUUCAUCUUGUAGACUACGGCUUUAGAUGAUUCAUGUAUAUAUAGAUAGAUUA